GCAUCCGAUAUUUUGGCCAUGGAUAUUAAUAUAUGCGAACUAUAAAAUUUGGCCAUUAAUAAAUUAGUGGAGUUUUAGGCUGGACCAACAGAUCAAUCCACCUUCAGAGUACUUGCACCGCAUGGAGACAGAGGAGGCCCAAGAAAUGGCUCAGUUGCCAGGCAGGGACAGCCCUCCUGCCAACGAAGCGUCCGAGGAGGCAGAGGAGCCCAUGGCCGUCCCUGAGGACCUGUCGGCCACUUCCACCCAACAGCAGAACAACAGAGGGGACAAAGGUGUAUGCAUCAUCCCAACAAACGCACCCAUAAGUCAGAACAUCACUGAUGCUGCCUGUAACAUUAAAGUUGAGGCUCGAAGUGAUGAGGAGAAUGGGCUGGCCUGUGACAUGAAUGGCGUGGAGGAGGAGUGUGCGGAGGACUUGCGCGUGAUCGAUGCCUCGGGGGCCAAGGUGAACGGCUCACAGCCGAGCCCUGACUCCAAAGCCUUCACCUCAGCCGGCGGUAUCCGGCUGCCCAACGGGAAGCUCAAGUGCGAUAUCUGUGGGAUAGUUUGCAUUGGCCCCAAUGUGUUGAUGGUGCACAAGCGAAGCCACACUGGCGAGCGUCCGUUCCAGUGUAGCCAGUGCGGGGCCUCUUUCACACAGAAGGGCAACCUGCUACGUCACAUCAAACUGCAUUCAGGGGAGAAACCCUUUAAGUGUCACCUGUGCAGCUACGCCUGUCGCAGAAGAGACGCUCUUACCGGCCAUUUACGCACUCAUUCGGUUGGAAAACCCCACAAAUGUGCGUAUUGUGGGCGUAGCUAUAAGCAGCGCAGCUCUCUGGAGGAGCACAAGGAGAGGUGUCACAACUACCUUCAGUGCAUGGGGCUGCAGAACAGCAUCUACACAGUAGUUAAGGAAGAAAGCAACCACACUGAGCAGAGGGAAGACUUAAGCCAGCCGGGAUCUGACAGAGCCCUGGUGCUAGACAGACUAGCUAAUAAUGUAGCUAAACGUAAGAGCACUAUGCCACAGAAGUUUGUGGGUGAAAAGCGUCUCUCAGACCUUCCUUAUGUCGGAGGAGGAGGUGAGCUGAUUCAGCCCCACGUCAUCGACCAGGCCAUCAACAGUGCCAUCAGCUACCUUGGGGCCGAGUCCCUCCGUCCUCUGGUUCAGACCUCCCCAGCCUCUUCUACUGAUGUGGGCCUCGGCUCCAUGUACCCCCUCCACAAACCUGCACCUGAGGCGGGGACGGGCCUGUCAGCCAAAGACAGCGCAGCAGAAAACCUGCUGCUGCUCUCCAACUCCAAGUCCGCCUCCAGCGAGAAAGAUGGCUCGCCGAGCCACAGCGGCCAGGACUCCACAGACACAGAGAGCAACAAUGAGGAUCGGCCGAGCGGAGCGGCCUCUGGCCUCAUCUACCUGACCAACCACAUCACCUCCAGGAACGGCGUCCUCCCUCUGGUGAAAGAGGAACAGCAGAGGCAGUACGACGCCAUCCGGGCCAGCAUGGAGAUGGCGUCUGAAGGCUUCAAGGUGGUGGCAGCAGACGGAGAGCAGGUGAGGGCGUACAGGUGUGAACACUGUCGUGUUCUCUUCCUCGACCAUGUCAUGUACACCAUUCACAUGGGCUGCCACGGCUUCAGAGACCCCUUCGAGUGCAACCUCUGUGGCCACCGGAGCCAGGACCGAUACGAGUUUUCCUCUCACAUGACGCGUGGGGAGCAUCGCUACUGAGCGGAGAAGACACAGCUGUACAUAAGGAGAACACAUAGACAGGCUCCUGAAAUAAAGCAAAGACACUGUUCAUGGCUGAAAGUUUUUUAUUUAAAGCAUGCAACUUAGAAAACACAGAUAAAUGUAAACAGAUAUUACAAAAUAUUUCAAUUUGGAUGAAAGGAAGCUCAGUAAUGUUGAUCAGUAAAGACGACACAGCAGAAAGUUCUCUGUAACAUUACUGCUGCAAAAUGUACAAAUGUAAAGAUGUGUCUUUGCUUUUAGAUAUCUAUAACAACUCUUUUCUAGAUUUAACAAUAAAAUAUUCCCACAUCACAUCACAAACCUCUGUACUGGAGUGGUGAAUAGUGUAAACAGGGUUGUUUUCAGUGCAGGAGAACCCAUUUUAUCACCAGUGUUAAAAACAAUCAUUAAAACCGUAACAAUCAGUGUAGAUAAACCCUUCAUUCCCAGUCAGAGUUUCUUUCCUGCACUAUUAUUAUUUAUAUCAUAUUUACACAGCUGUGUGUUUUGUAUUUAUUAAAGUGGUUGAUGUUUGUGGAUAGAGUAGUAGAUAGGAGCUGCAUCUUUCUGUCCAGUUGUUCUAAAUGUAUUUGAGAUAAAACAUGAAUGCUGCCAGCUUUUUUUUUUUUAGUCAGAAUAAACAUUAUCCUGGCUUUUUGUUUUAUACCUGAUGACUACCAGUUAUUUCACUUACAUUAUGAAAAGGAGCUAUUUGAGGUUUGACGGAGUUUGAUGUAUGCAAAAUAUCAAUAAAGGAUA